AACAAAAGUUAUCCAACUACCGUGGUCUCGAUAUUCGAAAAAAAACAGAGCAAAGCAAAACAACCAAGAUGGCGGGUGCAGGCCCGGUCACAGAAAAGCUUCCAGUGGUUGCAGUACCUCCUAAGUUAUCAAAUGGUGGAAGAUUUUUGAAAUGGGAUGACAAUGAUGCCAGCUGCUCUGUGUACAUUCUUGAAGUCGAUCCUGAAGGAAAUGUUCUGUAUUGGAAACCAGAAGACUACUCAAAGGAUACAGAAGUUUUAGAACUUGUACAUAUUCGAGAUGUUCGAACUGGACAAUAUGCAAAAGCACCAAGAACUACUGAUAACAAAGCGCGUGAAACAAUACGUACAUUUUGUGCUUUCGAGCAAGAAAGUAACUGUAUACAAGAAAGAACAAUCACAAUUGUUUAUGGCCCAAACAUGGUUGAUGUUUCUUUUGUAAAUUUUGUUGCUACAAGCAUAUCUGAAGCUGAAGAAUGGACGAACGCUUUAUUUAAAUGUACAAACAAUCUUCUCGAGCUCAACGCAAGUCCCUUAAAAUGCUUGAAACGUUUUUAUACAAGAAUUUAUGUACAGAAAAACAAGGAUGGUGAAGUUCCAGCUAAAUUGUUAGUCAAAAAUUAUGCUAGCAGCAAGGAAGAUAAAAAGCGUGCUUAUGAAACUCUUCAAUCGGUUGGCUUGGCAUCUGGAAAGAAAGAUACAAUCAAGGUUAAAGACUUCACCUUUGACAACUUUGUUGCAUUUCACAGUAGACUAGUCACUAGACAAGAUUUGGAUGGUGUUUUUGCUGAAUUGGGAGCAAAAAAGAAACCAUAUCUAACGUUAGAACAAUUAGUAGAUUUUUUAAACAAUAGACAACGUGAUCCUCGACUUAAUGAGAUUUUGUAUCCAUAUUACAAUAUAGAAAGAGCUCAGGCUAUUAUAAAUAGUUAUGAAUCAAAUACAGAUUUUGCUGAUAAGGGUUAUAUCUCCAUAGAUGGCUUGACAAGAUUUUUGAUGAGCUCUGACAAUCCUAUACUGUUGCAAGGAAAAUUGCAAAUACACGAGGAUCUAACUUUCCCAAUAGCUCAUUAUUUCAUCAAUUCGUCACAUAAUACUUAUUUAACAGGUCAUCAACUGACAGGUAAAUCAUCCGUCGAAAUUUAUCGACAGGUGUUGUUAGCUGGUUGCCGAUGUAUUGAAUUGGACUGUUGGGAUGGCAAGACAGAGGAACAAGAGCCUGUUAUAACGCAUGGAAUGACGCUAUGUACAGAAGUACCGUUUAAGGAUGUUGUUGAGGCUAUCGCUGAAUCUGCUUUUAAAACAUCAGAAUACCCUGUUAUAUUAUCAUUUGAAAACCAUUGUUCUGCGAAACAGCAGCAGAAGAUGGCGAGUUAUUGCUUGCAAAUACUUGGUGAUCUUCUUUUAAAUAAAGCUUUGGAAGAAUUUCCGCUUGAACCAGGUUCACCUUUACCAAGCCCGAAAGCCUUGAAACGAAAAAUAUUAAUCAAGAACAAAAAGAGGGCUGUGAAAGUGGUUUCUGUGUCUGAUGUAAAGUCUGCACAAAAUCCAGAACUAGUUGCACAACCAUCUGUUGAGAUCUUAGCUCCGAAUACACCCAUGGAAAUGUCUGUGUUGGAUGACUUGCCUGAAGAUACUGAAGUUAAAGAAGUUGUUCCUAAAUCUGAGGAGGAAGAACAGCCUGAAGUUGAAGCUCAACAAGAACUUUCAGAUCUAGUCAAUUAUUUUCAACCUGUUCAUUUCAGAGGAUUUGACAGAGCUGAAAAAGCCAAGAAAUUUUAUGAGAUGUCAUCUUUUAGUGAAAAUGCAGCAAUGAAUUUAUUAAAGGAACAGCCAGUGGAGUUUGUCAAUUACAAUAAAUUCCAACCCAGUCGUAUAUAUCCAAAAGGGAGUCGAGUUAGUUCUGAUAACUAUAAUCCCCAAUUGUUUUGGAAUGCAGGCUGUCAAUUUGCUGCUUUGAAUUUCCAAACAUUAGACUUGCCAAUGAUGUUAAAUCUUGGCAAAUUUGAAAUGAAUGGAAGAUGCGGGUAUUUACUGAAACCAGAGCACAUGAGACGUAGUGAUCGUACAUUUGAUCCGUUUGUUGAGUCCACAGUGGAUGGUAUUAUUGCUGGGACCGUUCAUGUCAGAGUUAUUUCAGGACAAUGUCUUUCAGAAAGACGAUGUGGUACUUAUGUUGAAGUUGAAGUUUACGGUUUACCUGUUGAUACUGUUAGAAGAAAAUAUAGAACAAAAGUGGUUUCGAAUAAUGGCUUAAAUCCGAUAUACGAUGAAGAACCAUUUAAAUUUAAAGUUGUGCUACCUCAUCUUGCAGAACUGCGUAUAGCAGCGUAUGAAGACAAUGGCAAGAUGAUAGGACAUCGUAUAUUACCUGUCAUCGGAUUAUCACCAGGCUACAGACACAUCAAAUUACGUAACGACGCAUAUCAGCCAUUAUGUUUACCAACAUUAUUUGUUGACAUAGUAACAAAAGAUUUUGUACCAGAAAGUUUUUCAGACUUUGCAGAUGCUUUGGCCAACCCUAUGAAAUACUUAUCUGAAAAAGAAAAACGUACUGAACAGCUGAAAAAACUUGAGAUGGAAGAAGGUGUGAAAGAAAAUGGAGAAAACACACAGGAAAAACCACCAGGUCCAGAAUUGAAUGUACCACUACAUAAUCCUAACAAAAGAGGAAGUAUUAUAUCUAUCCCAGCUAUUAUGAACAACCCAACAAAAGAUACUAAAAGAUCAGAUAGUAUACCAAAGAAUGACUUUAAAGGUAACAAAAGGAACAUGACCGUGCCACCUGUCAAAAUUCCUGAAAACGAACCCAUUCAACGUUCUUUCAGUGCUGCUCCUGAAUUACUAAGCAAGAUACGUGACGAAAUGCUUGAUUUAAACGCACCAGAUGUUAGCACGCUCAUGGAACAUAAGCUGUAUGUAAAAAUUCGACAGAAGCACGACGCCGAAAUGCAAACGCUGUUGCAAAAACAUGCGAAGGAUCGAGCGAAAAUCAACAAAGAUUUGGAAGUCGAAUCGAAGAAAUUAAAAAUUGUUGUGGAAAAAGAAAAAUCAGUCCUCCAGAAAAAGCAUAGCAAAAUUUUGAAAAGCUCAGAAAAAGACAGCACAUACACUGAAACGUACAACGAAUGUCGCAAAGAGAUUGACGAGUUGAACAAUAAACACGAUAAAGAGAUUGAGCGAAUGACGAUGGAACAGAGAAGUAAAGUGAAAGAGCAGUACAUGUUGUAUUAUGAAGAACAGAUGAACCUUGCAAAAUCACAAGUGGAACCAAAAAUCGCCGAGCUGAAAAAGGUAAUGCAACAAAUUGAAAUGGCAAGCCGAAAAAGACUGCUCGAGCGUCACAAUAGAGAGAUGGUUUCUUUAAAGAAGGAGCAAGACAAAUACAAUCGUUCUGAAAUUAAAGAACUCACUCGAAAGUUCAAAGACAAAAGCGAGGCUCAAAAGGAGAAACGCGCGCAUAACAAGAAGCAUAUCGACCAAUCGGUGAAAGAAAUUCAGAAGAUGCAAGAUUUUCAAAGAAAAGAAACUGAACUACUUGCUCAGCAGUACGAGGAAGCAACUCAACUUCUCGAAGAUAAAUAUAGUGAGGAUAUGAAAGAACUUGAAUCGUUUUAUGAAGGGAAAUGUGCUUUAUUGGACACGCAGGAUCUUCAAAAGUUGAUCCCAAUUCUUUUGCCGGCUGUCCCUGCUUCUUCGCCAGUUAGCAAUGAAGUGAAGUUUACUGUUUGAAAGCUAACCUAAAAGAUAGAUUUAAAUUACGUCAUGCACACCCUGAGUGAUAUCUUAACCGUGGUAAUUAAUAAGUGGUACUGUUGUCUUGCGUGAUCAAAGACGCAUCGCACAUUUACUUGUAUAAGCAUGUAAUUCACACAACCCUAUCAACGAAAGGUCAUGCUUUAGACACACACUAGUAUGGUAACACACUUCAAGAAACCUGGGUUUUAGUAUGGUAACACACUUCAAGAAACCUGGGUUUUAGUAUGGUAACACACGCCAAGAAACCUGGGUUUGAUUAAGUUAUGUUAAUGUCUAUAAAGCAUUUAUGGGGAUAUGGGCAGCUGUUGAGAAAACGAAAGUGAUGAAGAUUUUGGUUUCCUUCUCACGAAAUAGAAGCACUCUGUAGACUGUAAUUAUUUAUUUAUUCAUUUAAUUACUUUUUUUAUGUUUUACACGUUUUAGCACCGUGAUUUGUUUUUAUUCACCUUUUAGAAAUAUGUAAUUUAUUUUACCUGGAUGUAUAUGUUACUAUAUUUGGUCAGCGACCAGAUUCUAUUUUUUAUUUCCUUCACUUAUAUGUGAAAAUUAUUGUGAACUUGAUGUGAAAGGCUUAUCGGCUUGAAUUUUGACUAUUUUAAUUAUUUUAUCUUCAUCCAUAUAUUGAAAGAGUUGUAUAUAUUAUAUAUCGAAUUAUAUUUCUUUUGUGUAGUUUGUAAUAUAAUAACCACGUGUGUUUUCACCCUUAGCAGUGUUUAAAGCUACUUUUACUCUUACUACUGAUGUAUUGUUUUAGUGUCAACAGUAUACUGUUGUUAAAUUUAAUUUUGAUUUUCACUGUAUUCACGUCUCAUUGUUUAUUUUGAUGUUUUGAUCAUACGGUGGCGAUCCGAAAUAUUGAAAAUUCAACUAAAAUCGUAUUUUGUCUUCUGUAUGUGUGUUGCUGUGCUUGUGAUAAUAAUGUCUUGGGUACGAAGUUGUUUCCAUAGAAACCGUUUUAUUUAUUGUUUUGAUUUUUUUAAAAAAAUGUAAAUUUUCACUUUUAGUUUUCUACACGCAGUAAAUACAAUUCUCUUGCUUUUAA